CAUGCAACAAAAAUAAAUGGAAAAAUAGAAGUCAUAGUACCUGACUUUCAGGUGGGGAUUGUAAAACGAUUUACAAAUGAUUUAUCUGUAUAUACAGGAUAAAUGGAGAAAUGUUAGCAGUUUUAUUGGCAGUACAGUGGGUGGAGGACAUUAGAUCAUUAAAAAUAAUAAUUUGUUCAGAUUCAAGCUCCACAGUAAUGAGUCUAAAACAUAUUCAUUCAGAUAGCAGGCCAGAUAUUUUAUUAAAAAUACAAAUUACAUUAUUCAGAAUAAAGGAUGGGUUUAACAAUAUUCCAUUUGUAUAGAUACCAGCUCACAUUGGAUUAAAAGGAAAUUAAAUCAAAUGGAAGAUAAGAUGGCUAAGGGGACUCAUAAUCACUUUAUAUUAGUGGCAAGGAGUAUUAUCAAACAAAAACUGAAGAAAGAAUGGCAGAAAAGGUGGUAUAGGUAAAGUAAAGGAAGGUGGUUUUAUAGGAUCAAAAAAUCAGUUUGCGAAAAAGGACCGGAAGAAUGAGCAGAAAGGAGGAAAUGGUAAUAACUAGAUUAAGAUUUGGAUAUACAGGACGGAACAGUACACUUUUUAAAAUACAAAGGCAUAAUACGGGAAAAUGUGACCAUUGUUGGGAAAGUGUAAGAAAUGUAAGAAAUAUGAAAAAGAAAGAUUUAUGAAGAGAGAAAUUAAGAAAAUUGAAGGAAUGUUUAAUAUAAUAGAUAUAUUACAAAAGAAUUUAGAAGGCAAACGGAUACAAAUUAUAAGAUUUUUAAAAACGUAAUUAUUUAAUUGGAUUUGAGCAGCCCUGUGAUGGACUGGCGACCUAUCCAGGGUGUACCCUGCCUCUCGCCCAAAGACUGCUGGAGAUAGGCACCAGCUCCCCCGCGACCCACUAUGGAAUAAGCGGUAGAAAAUGACUGACUGAAUUUGAGCAUAUAUUAUGUAAUAUAAUCCAUCGCAGACCAUACUCCAUACCAGUUGGUGGCGGUAAUACACAACUAAAGUUUUUUGCUAACCGCCAAUACACUCCAGAAGAAGAACUACGAAAGAAGAAGAAAGCUGAUUAUGAUGAUGAUGACGCAGUUAGAAAGCGCCGAAUAGUUAGCUAUUGAAAUAACAGGUACAACAGAAAUUUUAGAAAUUUUUUGAGUGCGUUGCUAAUGUUGGCGGUCGUCAGAUGGUCCAGCAGUCAGCCCGGCGCCGAUUAGUGCUCCUUCUUCAUUUGAGUGAGCCAUCAUGGCGGAGGAGGAAGUCAUUUUUACAGAGCAGAUGAAGAGGGCUCCGGGUGAAAUGUGUUGGCUGUCAGUGCUGUCCUGCCUGCUGCUCGCUUGCUGCUAUGUUGGCAGUUUAUAUGUCUGGAGGAGCGACUUACCCAGGGAUCAUCCUGCUGUGAUAAAGAGGCGCUUCACAAGUGUCCUGGUUGUAUCAGGCCUGUCGCCUCUCUUUGUUUGGGCAUGGAGAGAAUUCACUGCUGUAAGGACUAUCUCACCAUUGCUGGGUCUCUUGGGCAUUCGGCUUGAAGGUUUUAUUUCUGCGAUUGUACUACCUUUGCUGCUAACUAUGGUCCUUUUUCUGGGCCCACUAAUGCAGCUAGCCAUGGACUGUCCCUGGAGCUUCACAGACGGGAUCCGUGUGGUGCUUGACCCAUGCUUUUGGACGUUGUGCCUCAGUGACAUGCGCUGGUUGAGGAAUCAAGUGGUUGCACCAUUAACUGAAGAGUUGGUGUUCAGAGCUUGUAUGUUGCCCAUGCUGGUGCCCUGUGCUGGUCCUUUUACUGCCAUCUUCACAUGCCCUCUGUUUUUUGGAGUGGCUCACUUCCACCAUGUCAUAGAGCUACUAAGGUUCAGACAGGGGACACUAUCAGGAAUCUUCCUCUCAGCAGUGUUUCAGUUUUCCUACACUGCGGUAUUUGGAGCUUACACAGCCUUCAUCUUUAUCAGAACAGGCCACCUGAUGGGUCCGGUUCUCUGUCACUCCUUUUGUAACUACAUGGGCUUCCCAGCCAUCAGCACUGCACUGGAGCACCCCCAACGCCUCAUCAUUUUAUCGUCCUACCUGUUCGGAGUUCUUCUCUUUUUCAUGUUGCUCUUUCCUUUAACAGACCCUUCCUUCUAUGGCGCCCCUACUCCGGUCUGUACCCUCACCUCAUCCCCCAGCUGUCUCUGUUUCUCCUGACCUCUCUGUCUGCCUAAACAGGCUUUUUCACUUUUCUCCUGUUGCUGUACAACAUUUAGACAAUGAAGGGAUUAGUUAAUUUUAAUGGUAAACUGGCAUUGAUGAUCCAUACAAUUUGGUUGGGCAGUGCUGAUAGUAAUUUGACUUGUAACCUCCAAAACUAAAUACACUAAAUGGUUUCUUUUGUAUGACAUGAAAUAGUAAAUGGGGCAACUGGUCACAUCCCAGAAUGUGUUCAAAUCAGGGUUAAUGUUCCUGGGACCAUUCUGUUCCAAGGCCAACCGUCUUCACUGAUCUGGUGACUUUAUUUUAUAGAAAUCAUCUUCAUGUCAGAAUCUUAUACUUUGUUACAUUUCCUAAAACAAGAUAGUUUAUUUCUUAUUUGGUUCACAAACGUUGAGUCAAAAUUAGCAAAGAAUUAUAUGGUGGACUUUUUUAGUUUUUUUACGAAGCAGCUUUCAGCUCUGUGAACUAAUCAAAUAUUUUAUUUUGCUGUUAUCUUUAUUUGUUCUGACAACCAAAACAUUGCCUGGGUUUGGCCUUCAAAUUUGCUGUAUGGGUCAGGUUAAAGGGGCUUAUACAAUAGUCAUGCUACUUGUUACGAGCUGCAGUUUGCCUUACUGCCAGUUUUCCUUUCUAACUGCACAAUUACAUCUUAAGCAGGAUUUCUGGUUUUUUUGACUGCAUGAACCUCUAAGCGGAAUCAGCACUGCUGUAGCUGCACUGGAGGAGAGAACAAAAUUUCUACUCUCUGGUUUGGGGGUUUUAAAUAAUAGGAAAUCUGUCAUUUUCCCAGUAGGGUAUUCUGCAGGAUGUUUAGUUUAUUUUCAUAUUUAGUGUUUGAUUUUUACCUGCAAAGUAAUUUCUUUUUUUGCUAUUUGUUUAAAGCAGAAGUUAAAUCUUUAAUAUAUACUAUAUAUAUAUAUAUAUAUAGUCAUAUUUAAUAAAUUAGGCUGUUAUAAAAAACAAUAAUUUAAUUUAGUAACUUGGUUCAUUGAGGGAAACAUUACAUAGAUUAAUAAAAACACAUGACAUGACAACGUUUGAUUUCUUAAAAGAUUAGAAUAUGACAUCAGACCAAUAAAAAAAAAAACUUUUUUAAAAUAUAAAUGUUGGCUUAAGGAAAAGUAUGUUUAAUACCUGCUUAAAGGUUAAUUAUUUUUAAAAUGUACUUUUAAUCCAGUCUCAGCUUCAUCUGAACACAAAUUCCAAUUUGUUGCAUAUGACCGUAUAAUAGCCCUGGUUAUUUGCAUUUUAAACUGCAUUAGUUUGGUUAUUUUAUUUGUAAUAGUGGAUCAUGGAAUGGCUCCCAUUCUUAGUCCCUGGCAUGUGACAUUUCUACAGAAAUGCAUAACCAUAACCAUAAUUAUCCCCAUGCACAACAAGUUUGUCACUUAGUUUCAGAAUUGUGUUUUUUCUUUUCUGUCUUAUUUUUAUUAACAGUAUGGGUAAAACUCUUUUCCCUUUCAUAUUUUCUGUUACCAAAAGUUUGAACUGUUCAUAAAUGCAUUAGGCUGUAUUCGUUACUACCAAAUUUUUUUCAAUCUUGCCAAGUUUUCCAAAACAGUCAUUAUCUACAAUAUGUAACAAGAUUUAAAAGGUUUUACUCUUCUGG